AUGGCGUUAUUAUAUCUAUCUAUCUAUCUAUCUAUCUAUCUAUCUAUCUAUCUAUCUGAGAUCAGGAAAUUGAACUUUGUUCAUUAUCUAUCUAUCUAUCUAUCUAUCUAUCUAUCUAUCUAUCAGUUUUAUCUACGUAUUUCCAUUAUCUAUCUAUCUAUCUAUCUAUCUAUCUAUCUAUCUAUCUAUCUAUCCGAAUAUAAUGAGAUCGAAAAUAAUAUAUACAUUCUAACAAUUAUAAUAAAUAUCUAUCUACGUAUUUUCCUUUUUUAUCUAUCUAUUCUGAUCUGUUCGUAUCUAAUUUAUAAUGUUUACCUCUCUAUUAAUCGAUCUCGGUUUGUUCAUAUCUAUCUAUCUAAAACUGUUCAUAUCUGUUUCAACCUGUUCAUAUCUAUCUAUCUAUCUAUCUAUCUAUCUAUCUAUCUCAAUCGGUUCAUAUCUGUUUCAACCAAUUCAUAUCUAUCUAUCUCAGUCUGUUCAUAUCUGUUUCAACUAAUUCAUAUCUAUCUAUCUAUCUAUCUAUCUAUCUAUCUAUCUAUCUAUCUAUCUAUCUAUCUAUCUAUCUAUCUAUCUAUCUAUGUUCAUAUCUGUUUCAACCAGUUCAUAUCUAUCUAUCUAUCUAUCUAUCUAUCUAUCUAUCUAUCUAUGUUCAUAUCUGUUUCAACCAGUUCAUAUCUAUCUAUCUAUCUAUCUAUCUAUCUAUCUAUCUAUCUAUCUAUCUAUCUGAUUCUCCUCAUUAUCUAUCUAUCUAUCUAUCAAUCUAUCUGGUUACGAUCUGAUUUUAUUCAGUAA